UCGUACUACCCGUGAGCAGUCACAACAUCCCAAGCAAAAUGAUCGCCAAAUUCGUUGUUGUUCUCGCCGUAGCUAUCGCCACCGUCAACGCUGGGGUUGUCCCCCUAGCCGCGGCGCCUGCAGCCCUGGUUGCGCCGGCGGUAGCCCCGGCUGCAUACGUAGCCCCAUAUGCAAGCUCUUACUCCGCCCAUGCCGUCAACCAUGCUGUUGCUACCCCGGUCGUGGCCCCCUACGUGGCCGCCCCCGCCGCUCCCUUAGUCGCUUCAGCCCCAUAUGUCGCAUCAGCAAGAUACCUCGCCUCUCCAUACUUUCUAUAAGCGAAUUUGGUGACGUCAUUGCCCAGUGACUUGCUCAAUCAGUUACUUUGUUAAUUUUAUGAUUCAUAUUGA